CUGUCAAAUAGCUGACAUUUCCAACUACACAAACUUAAAUCACAUUGAAAACACAGUCAAAGGGAAAAGGUGGAUUCGAUUUGAAUUCGUCGUAUUGCAUUAGAAUUUUUAAAAUAUAUCAACGCAAACUAGUAACAUUCAACCAUGAAUCAAGCCGACAUAGCUAAGCUAGUAUCGAGACUUCGGUUUCAAGUUCAUCCGAAAAAACGACUGCCCAAUAUCAGAGGUCCGCUGGGAAGACUGGAGCGCCUAAGAGAUUAUGUGACGGCAUUGAUAAAAUACGAACGUAUUGAAUGCUACUAUCCCAAAGCCGAUGAAUCUCGCGGUUAUGCUGAACGGUUAAUAUCGGAUGCAAUUCGGUAUGGUGAUCAACAUGCUCCCACCAUGGAAAUGGCUAACUUUUGGAUUACCGAGAAGCAAUACAUUCAUAAAUUAUUCAAAGUGAUUGUUCCACGCUUGCAAAAUUGUCCACUCUCUUAUACACGGAUGUACAAAGCACCAAAAACAUACCCGGACAUCACCUACUGGGAUCGUGCCGUUCUUGAGCUUCGAGGAAAUCCAUAUCCUGAUUUAAAACCAACACUGAGCGUUAAUCGUAAUUUCAUUCAUAAUGUUUUACUUGAUGAGGCAAAGAAGGAAUACCAACGAAAGAAGUAUGCUCAUUUGAAUCAAGAAACAGUGGAAAAUACAGCCAACACAGAAUCGGUCGAUGAAAUAACCGAAAAAUUAGAACAAACUACGAUCGAAAGCAAAGACGAAAACGCGAGUCAACCAGAUUUAGAAAAGAAAUAAAUGCAUUUGUUGAUACAUACAUGUAAUGUUUCUUUGAAGAGGAAAGAAUAUAUAUUAAAGAAAUAGACGUCUUUUAUGAUUUAAAA